UUACGAAAGUAGCUUACUGCGAUGAUAAAAGACAUUUAAACCUGGAAUUCUGCGAGAGUGAGAGCAACCCUUACUACCUCUACGAUUUCUACUGGUUUACCGACCCUUAUUCCACCCCCACCUUCUACUACUUGUACUGCUACAACUGCCUGGUGGUUGUCAUGUACAUCCUAGUUUUCUGCACCUCAGACGCGUUCACCUGCAGCUCAUUGGUCGCUUUGGCCGCAAGAGGCGAAUUCCUCAUUGAAACUGCCCCUGCAGCCCUGAUGCCAGGAGAAAGGGGCCAGCUGACGCCCAUGUUCAAAGCGUGGGUCAAAUACCAUCAGCGAUAUGAAAAAUUAUUGCAAACUGUCAACGAUGUCAAUGGACCGAUUAUUUUCGUGACGCACUUCAUGGCGGCAGCAAAUAUAAUGGGAUAUCUUUACCUCGUCAUUAAAGACGAACAAGAAGGCCUUUUAGGAACUGUGGUGUCCUUCCUGGUAGCGACUGCAAUUCAGUUUUUCUUUUACGCCUAUUGGGGCCAGCAAAUAAUCAACAAAAACGACGAGUUAAGUAGAGUGGUUUUGAGCGCCGACCAAAUCGCCUCAGGGGCGUACUCCGAGGGCCCAGCCAGGACCGCCCUGAUGAUUAUCAACGCAAAGUGCUGUGGAGCCAGGUCGGGAAAGGUUACUGGUCUCAGCUACUUCACCAUAGGAUUAAGAUUUUACGCAACGAUUAUUAGCGCGUCUGCGACUUACUUGUUGGUCAUUUUGCAAAUUUCGAUACGUGAAGGGAAGCAGAUGGAUUGAGAUUAUUUAUUGACUGCAUUAUAACUGACAAAAUAAAAUUAAUACUGUGUGAAAAUAAACCUGAA